UUCAGACUGACUACGUAAAUAUGUGAACACCUAAGCACCACGCUAGCCUAUAUGCACGCAAUCAACCUCAAACACUGCAAAUACGAAACGCCCUCUCUCUCCGGUUCAAGGUCGUGGAGGGGAAAUCCGUGUUUGGAGCACCGGAACCAUUGCUUACAGACCUGAAAUCAAUUUUAUCAGAGGCUUCAAUGUCGUCAAUACAUAUUUGAAAUGAUCAGAAAUCCCUUAAUUAUGUAUGGCAGAAUGUUCUAAGUGUAAUGCCCCAAUGAUCUAAAAUCGUUCAUUUGUUCUUAAAUUUAAUUUAAUUCCCAAUGAAUAAGACAGGCAAGAAACGGAAAAAGGGUUAUGUCGGGGAGUCUAUUUUGUCUUAUUUUAUCCGAGACGAAAAAUACAAAGCUUUUGCCGAAACCGUGAACCCAUGUAAUAUAUCUACAUCUCUCCCAGUAUCUAAAAGCAACCCACUCGAAAAAACUCCUAGAAAAUGCCCUGUUUAUAAAUGGAUUCCAGACACAUCAUUUACUGUUGAUGCUUUCUGUUAUGCUGAAAUUCCAGGAUGUACCUGUUACUUCCUCUCCCAUUUCCAUUUUGAUCAUUUCAGAGGCAUCCACAAGAAUUUUAAAGGAGAUAUCUAUUGCAGCGAGGUGACAAAGAAUCUUUUGAGAAAUGCUUAUGGUUUGGGGCUGGUUAUUAAUGUGCUUGAGAUAGAGAAAAGUACGAAGAUUGGCGAUGUAGAAGUAACAGCUUUAGAUGCUAAUCAUUGUCCUGGCUCUUUAAUGUUCCUUUUCUAUGUGCCAUCAAAACAGAAGACUUAUCUACAUACUGGUGACUUUCGUUAUACACCAUCAAUGUUAACUCAUCCAAGUAUAUUAACAAAUUAUUUAUCGGACGACAGUUCUUCCAAAAAGUUACCAAGAAUACAUUCAAUAUUUUUGGAUACAACAUAUUGUUCAUCUCAGUAUGACUUUCCUACUCAACUGGAUGUUAUUCAUGGAGCACUGGAAGUUACACGUGAUUAUCUGAUAAAAGAUCCUACCAUUUUAGUUGUUUGUGGAAUGUACUCAAUAGGCAAGGAGCGAUUUACACUUGGUCUUGCCUCUAAACUAAACCUAAAGGUUUGGUUGCCAAACAAUCAAAAUCGUUUAAUCAAGCUAGCUGCACAAGGCGGUUGUACUGUAUGCAAAGAACUGCUUCAAUAUGUCGUUGACAGUUCUCACAAAGCUCAACUUCAUGUUCUACCUAUGCAGCAAUUAAAUGUGACAGGCCUCGUUGAAUAUCAAAAGAAAUUGGGCAAUCGAUUACCAAUUGAUCCUUUUCACAGUUCAUCAACCCUUUCUAAAUUGAGGUCUAUUCUAGGCUGGCGCCCAACUGGUUGGUCUUAUCGGCAGUCAAAUAAUACUCAAACAUCAAUGAAACCUCCACGGAACGGCAUUGUUUUGGAACAGAAAAAGGGCGACAUUCACAUUUAUGGAUCAGUAUCUAAAGUAGAGCAAUACAGAGCAAUCAACAUAGCGAACACAUGUAUUCAUGGAAAUCACACUUUUCUUGGAUUAUGAUGUCUAGUCUUUGGUUGUGACCAGUGAAUUUACAGAAAAAACCCAGAAAGAUUGUUAUCCCUGUAUUUGAUAAAAAUAUAAGUAUAGAUUCGUGUAUAUAACCGUAAAAACAGAGAAAAAAUAUAUCUAACUGUUGUGUAUUCUAACGGAAUUCAUUGGACAGGAGGAAAACAAUUUGAUAGAACAAUAAUUGUGUAGCUGAUUCGUGUGUCUUGAAAACACCAACCAAAUUUCUCCAAAGUACAUCAUAGCUUUGUUCUUAUAGUUAUCUCUGUUUGAUUAUUGUAAUACCGCACUCUUAUUUCUGUAGAACUUUCUGGAUACUAUAAUUAACAAUUUAAGCGUUGGUAUUGUGAUAAAGAAUGUUACUUGUUUGACUUCGAGGUUUUCUUACACUAUUUUCAUAAAUUGUAUUGAUGUCUUACAGGAAUAGUCAAACGAUUUCUAUUAUCAGUUAUGUGAAAUACUCUUAGUGGUGCAUCAUAUAGUGAACAUAGUAGUUUUCUGGAGUUAAAACAAUUCAUUACACGUCUUCAUCCUGUACAAGUACAACCUACUGUUUUUGGUAAAUCGAUUACUAUGACGAAAGAUACAGUAAACAGCUGGUUGAAAUGAAAAAAAAGUCACUGUCAUGGCAAAGACCAUUAGUUUAACUUGGAUAAAUUAUUCGUACAGAAAUACUUUUCUUGCUUCUGUUAAAUAAAAUAUUGAUUUAUGG